AUGCCCCGUCGUGCUAACUCACCAGACAUGCGCACAAUUCUACCUACCCGAGUGAGCAGGUCAUCAAGUCUCCACCAUUUGGGCUACCCAAAACGUAGGGUCAUUUUGUUACAAAACUGCCCGAUGAGUGUAAGCGUUGCAGAUUGUUCCCCUUUCAACAGGUGGUCUGGUACUUUUAUUUCACCACCAACCGAGCAGGUGUGUCUUGUCUGGGCUGGUCCUGUGCGACGAUCGGCGCUGUCAUCCGGAACAAGACGCUGGCAAGCUGGUCCUUCAGUUCAAUUCAAUUCAGUCCAGUUCAGCCACCUGUUGCUGUUCCCCUUCACGCACACCCUCUUCCUCCUUUCGGCUACCCCCAUCUCCGUAUCGUUUGCCGAUUUGGCCGGGGGUUCUUGUCUGGUGGUUCAUGUUGCACAGGGAGCGAGCUGGACUGUGGCUGCCCACAUGCCACGAGUGAUUCCGCCUCCAGUGCAACCUGUCCGUGGCCGUAACAAGCGAGCUCACCCAGGGAGAAUUAUCCGUCAGCGCCUCGUUUUCGGCUCUCUGGCCUUUAACGCCGGAGGGCUAAAAUGGCUGAAGAGCAAUAUAAUUUCAACUUGCUGGCGGCAGAGCAGCGCCGGAAGCGACUCCGGAGUCCGCACAGAUAUGGAAAUUUGUUGA